AUGAGCAUCCCAAUCCAGGCAACGCCGCCCGACUCGAAUGCCGCAUACAUCAUCGACCAGCUCGAGGGCGAGCGCAUCAGCAUCCCCGGGAGUAAGGGUGUCUUCAGGAUCCUCGCUUCCUCGAAACAGACCAGCGGAGGAAUCGCCGUCUUCACAAGCGGUGCCGUGCUGUCAGACGCCCCAGGGUUCCACUGGCACGCCGAGGCCCACGACGUCUUCCUGGUGACGAAAGGUUUCCUCAAGCUGUGGAACGGGGACAAGUGCAGGGUCAUGGGACCGGGAGACUUCGCCUACAUCCCCCCGAAGGUCAUACACAACCCGGAGCUCAUCGGCCCGCACACCGAGACCCUGGGCCUCGUCGCCCCGGGCGACUGGGUCGACUUCUUCAGGUACGUGGGCGAGACGUACGAGGGCGUCGUCGUGCCCGAGUCGGACGACCGCGACCUCAAGAGCCUGCUCAUCCCCAAGGUCAUGGCCGCCAGGGACCGCUUCGACGUCAACUUCGUGCGGGACUACGACCCGCCCGCGGUCGGCGAGUGGCAGGACGACGAGAACGUGCUCCCAGACCCACUGAAGCCAUACUUCCUGCGCGCAAACACUGGGCCGAGGCAGAUUCUAGGCGGUGUCCUGUCUCGGCCCUUCAUCUAUGCUUCGCAGUGCAGCGGCAAAUUUGCCAUCUCUAGCAUCGAGUCUUCGAACCAGUAUGGCUCAUCUGCGUUUGCACGGCAGUGGCUGACGUUUAAGAACGUGCACCACUGUUUUACCGUGCAGGAGGGAAUUCUAAAGGUGAAGCUCAAGGAAGAGAAUUCCGACAAGUGGAACGAGGUCAGGGAAGGACAGACGCUCUUGGUACCGGCUGGGAAGGCCUUCGUGCUUGAUUUUGGGAGCCGGUUUGUCAGGGCAAUCACAUUCACCAAUGGUCCUGGGCUCGAGGAAGUAGUCAGGCUGGCGGGCUCUGAUUGCCCGACUGUGGUAUUGCCAGAAAAGCCGGCAGACUAUGACAUUAGCAAACUACAAGACGCUUUGGAGCAAGUUGGCGUAGUUGUAGAAGAUCUCUAG